GUUCGAGCAAUAAGGACCGGCACCGCACCCAUCCUUUGUAUAUCCCGCAGCCACACAUGCUUGUGCUGGUACUGCAAUUUCCUCCCGCAGGAUGCAUUAUUUGUUCGAUUGGUACCAAUACUCCCAAAAAGGGAACUGCUUUGAGCAUUUAUGCAUACAGCCUCACACGUAUACACAUCUGGCACAUAUGCAGUGCCUCCCAUGGCCUGCUGGAAACCCGUUCACAAAAGCCUGUAGCCAUGCUGGCUGGUAGGUGUCGUCUCCAAGCAGGAUGCGCCUGUGUGUCUUUUCCGACCGUCCGGACAGAUCCUCUCCGACAUAUGGUGCAACCGCCACGGCUAAUUUCGGGCCUGUUAUCUUCAACAGGCUUGAUCAGAUCCACAGACCGAUUUUCACUCUUGGCGUGGGCGGACCUAGCAGUUGCGCAAGAGCUCCAAACAGACACGUCAGUGCAACACCGUAGGGGAGAGACGGAAUCCGACCCAAGUCCGCGCCUUCCCCCACCCAUUGAGGCGUGCUAUGCUUUGUCAACAUCCUCCGUCCCACCGACCGAUCUCGCCUCCAGGGCAGCAGCAGUUUUUGGUGCGCAAAGAGCUAUCGAGGUGCUUUCAUAUGGCAAAUAGCUCCGUCCGGGUUCUCCGGGCACAUGUGCCCAACAAAAACUCCACCUCAUGGCAUUCGGUCGGCGUCAGCGGACUUCGACUGAUAUCGUCGCCAAGAGAGGCCAGAUGCCUGCAGCCCAUAUAAAGUGUGUAUUGCG